AUGAAUAAGACAUUUUUCCUGACGAUGGUGCGAACGAUGGAAUCAAACAAGUACUUCCUCGGAAAGGAUCGUGUUUACGUUGGCUCGUUGGUGAUGGUGGUGCUUCAGGAGAAGAUGGGCUACUGUACGGAGAUGUUGAAGCAGCUGUUACGUGAACUGAUUGAUCGAACGGUGGAGAAGAAGUUUCAGCCGAAAAUCCUCUUCCGACGUAGUGAAAGUGUGGCCGAGCGUAUGCUGGCGGCAUGGUUCACCUUCCUUAUGCACGACUAUUUGAGGAAUUACGCCGGCAAACGUCUCUAUGACCUGUAUUGGGGCAUUAAGCAACAGAUGGAAAAGGGACCACAAGACGCGAUAACACUUGAAGCUCGGUGGGUUUCAGUAUUAUUUGAAUGUCGUGGAACUUAUAAAACUUAA